AUGCAAAUGACUGUUGACGAGACAGCCGUAUUCACCAAAUUCACUGGGCUGUGUGCCGAUAGAGGCCUGUUGCAGUGUCACGACGAUGUGAAAGAGGGAGAUCGGCCGGAUGGGGUCAUUGACGAGACAACUCUGCUGCGCUUUUUGCAGGCCAAUCGAAUGGACCCCUCGAACGCCCUCUGCCAGUUUGAAGAAGCAACCAAAUUCCGCUGCGAGAAGGAUGUGCUCCGUGUAUAUGACUUGAUCAGCGUUGAUGACUUCGAAGACACUCGCAAACUGUAUCCGCUCUGGACAGGUCGUCGAGACAACCGGGGAUUGCCUAUCGUAAUGAUCGAAACGGCCCAUCUGGAUCGAAAAGCAAUGGUACACUGGCGUAAGACACAAGGGCUGUCUGGCCAUUUUGACGCCUUGGAACUCGGUAGCAGCUCACCGGACAUGGCGCAGCGAGCUUUAGUGCAUUUCGAUUAUUUGACUCGGUUUGUCUUUCCACUGUGCUCCGCAACGCGAGAUCGACCGCUGCCAUCUGAGCCGGUCACCAAGGCGCUCUACCUGGUAGAUGCAUCGUCUGUCUGUCUGAGGCAGGCCUGGGAUCUCCGAGACUUUGCGCAGGAUAGUAGUUGGAUGCUGGCCACUUGCUAUCCAGAAACAAUCGAUCGGAUAUUUAUCUGCAAUCCACCGUCGUAUUUCUCCAAGAUCUGGAAUCUCAUGAAGAGAUUUGUCGACCCGGUGACUGCAGAGAAGAUUGUCGUGUUGAAUUCGACGGAUGUCUAUGGCACCCUCAACAAGUACAUCCAUCAUGACAAUAUUCCCACCCAGUUUGGGGGCACUUUCCAGUUCACCAAGGGGAUGCUGCCGGACUUGUGUCCCAUUACUCGCCAAACCUUACGCUGGUCCCCUUCGUUCAGCGGGACGUUGCCUCCUGGCCCGAUCAAGUGGACGCAGGAUUCUCGUGGUCAGGUGAAGGCAGUGGCUACUGGAACUGUUGAUGGCGUUGAGAGGAGAUUGGAUGUUGCCGUGCUGGACGUUGAGGAAGAGAAAUGA